AUGUUGCCCCGGAUUUCUUGCGUUGAAGAGCUCACAUACGACGAGUAUCUCAACUUCUGGCCUGGUGCUGCAUUGCAAGUUGCGGCGCACUGCGACUCUCUGAAUCACCUGCGCUUGUUCGUCGAAGAACCGGUGAGACCGGAUCACCUCACGUACUUACAAAGUCGCCAUCAAGCCAUAGCAUCGGCGCUCGCAACCCUGCCUCUAUCCAUCAAGGAGUUCGACCUUUGGGGCUAUCGGGAUAUCCCAUGCGCAAACUUCCUUCCCUCUGGCAGUACUGGCGACGAACUCUCACUAAACCUACGGGGCCUCUCAUUAAACCUACGAGAGUUGAAGCUCAGCUAUACUCCGUGGCAUUAG